AUGAAUAUAGUAGAAGAACUCAGUUUUUGGGAUAAUGAAGAUAAAGAAACAUCACUUCAAGAAGAAUCUGAAACUAAUGAAAAAAAUUAUAAAAGUAAUAAUGAUAGUGAAACCGAUGAGAAUACUGCUAAUGUUAAUUUAACAUUUCCAUUAAAUAUCGAUUUUGAAGAUUAUCAUAGAAUUACAUUGGAUGAUACCUUAAAUGAUAAGAUGCAUCUACCAACUACAGAAUGGCCAAAUGAUACUUAUCGUGAAUUUAUGAAAAUCAUUACUGAAUAUCAAUUGUUAAAUUCAUAUGGUAAAACAUCAGAACAUCUGAUUUAUAUUUCACUUGAAAAUAUUUCAAAUUGGUCACGAAAUAAGCCUCAUGCUAAAGUACUUAUUGGUUAUUUGCUGAAAUUGAAAGCUAAGAACAAUACAACUAGGAAUUCUAAAGUAUUUCAAAAAUUACAGAGACAG